AUGAGUCACAGGCAUGAGUUACAGGCAGAGCAAGCAGAGCUCGCACAACAUAUUCUGCAACUGAAUCACGAGCCGACAAAGACGAUCUCGCCUAAAGAUGCGCUGCUAGACUACAACGAGCAAGAGCAACCAUCGCUAUUUCAAGACACAAUACCAGCUGGUUACAAGCAGCACACCGCUGGAACAGAACAGUGGCCAAACAACUUCUUCGGCCAACCAGGCUCUGCCUUUGGUACUUUACAAAUGCCAAGUCAGCAGGCGAAUACGAAUUUUCGCGCCAUCUCAGCUGACGGCUUCUCAGGCACAGACUCUAUAGAGUUCCCGCCUUUGCCACCGCAAGAUCAAGGGCAGCUACAAAACAACUCAUACCUGGCCACUUCCUAUUCCGGUCCGAAAAUGGAGGCUAGCCCUGAGUUCCCGGCCCACCUGACCAACAUGGAGUCUUCCCUGAGCGACAAUGGUCCUCCGCCCUCGUCACAAGACAGCGUGCCUGCGGUUCCGACGCCUCAGCGAUCCUCAGACACCCGCGCAGCGACCGGCACAUACACCUGCACGUACCACGGCUGCGCACAACGCUACGACUCACACGCACAUCUUCAGAAGCAAAAGCGUGACUACCACCGGUCACAGCAGGAGCACAGCAGGGACAACAUUGGGACCAUGUCAUCGGCCGAGGCUUCCACUUCGCCGAGGUCAACCGAAUCCCCCGGACCUUUCGUCGCCGGGUUGACUUCCGCAGCAAUCUUGGCGCGCAACUCACAAGCAGGACCUUAUAAGUGUACCCGGAUCAAUCCAUCUACCAACAAGCCUUGCAACUCAAUCUUCACCAGGCCUUACGAUCUUGCACGGCAUGGAGAUACGAUCCACAACGGUCGCAAGCAAAAGGUCAGGUGUUCGAUGUGUCGCGAGGAGAAAACAUUCUCACGCAUCGACGCGCUGACACGGCACAUGCGCGUCGUUCAUCCGAAAGUGGAGAGUUUUGGCAAGCGUCAAAAGCGCAGCUGA